GUACAACAUAAGUUUACUUAAGACUCUUUGCCCCUCUCUGUUCCAAUAUUCUUGGGAAGGAAAAUGGCUACCGGAGAAGUUGGACCAUGGGGAGGUCACUGUGCAGGACCCUGGACAUUCAAACCCGAUGGUAGGAUUAUAGAGAUCUGGAUCGCUAGUGGAAACUAUAUAGAUUCCAUCAGGUUCGUUUAUGAGGAUCAGCACCUAGUCAAACACCAUUCUCCUAAAUAUGGUGGCGAUGGCGGCACUGAACAAAAGAUUGCCUUUGAUGAAGAUGAGGAGCUCAACCAGAUGAGCGGAACAACUGGAGACUUUGUUGCGUCCCUGUCUUUUCGUACCAACAAAAGGAGCUUGGGGCCAUACGGCAGGACAGAUGAAGGGACUAGUUUCUCUCUGCCGGUGGCUAAGGGUAAGUUUGUCGGGUUCUUCGGGGAAUGUGGGUAUUACCUCGACUCUAUUGGUGCCAUUCUUCAAUUCUAGUAAUGAUGCUGGCAAAUGUUAUAUAUGACGGCAUGCAUGCAUGCUGAUGGAAGCCGUAUGCUUCUCUGAAUAAGGAGCUUGAGAGAAAGCUAUACCAAAUCUUUGUGUAAUAUCUAGCUACUACGGAAGAAACUCAUGUGAGUUUUUCUAUUUUAAUGUCAUGUUGUGUGUACGUAAUAAUAUAUGAAUAAAAACUGUUUAGUU